AUGUUAGCUGAGCCACUUCGGCUCAAACAUCUGGAAGCUUUGAAAUUUCCAGGAUUCUCCAGCAUGGGCGAGUCGUUGUCACGGUCAAUUCAGUCCUGCUAUGACCCGGAAGGCACUGCAGCGAUCAUCAGGAAGAAGAAGGCGCAGCGCGCAGCCUUGAACCAAUACGACGAGCUGCUGAAGCGGGUCGCAGAUCGGGAUCCCUCUGCGGUGCAAGAGGUCUUGCAGUUUGAUCAAGAGAACAAGCUCAAGGGACAAGGUGAGUUCAAGGGCAAAUUCUGGAUCGAACUGCAACAACACGAUGACUGGCCAAAGGUCUUGGAGAAGCGUUCCUCGUUGGGUGUGCCACCCCCACAAUGAGUGGCCGCAGGUUUCACAAUCCAUGGUGAAGCUAAAGUCACCGGAAGCAAAACAUGGGCUGUUGGGUUCAGUUUUUCAGUUUUCGAUGUUUC